AUGCCGACAGAGCGCGCCGCUCACAAGAGGCCGUUCGCUGCCUGGGUCAAGCGUCUGACCAAUCUGCACCCCAGCAGCAAAAAGGCAAAGAAGGCCUCCCAGCUCAAGAACAACCCAUACCCUCAAUCUGGCCGCCUCCAGCAAUGUCGUCAGGAGUCCCGCAGCUCCCAAUCCGCCUCGGACAAUGCCAGCUUGAACGUCCACCACACUCGCGACUCGACCACUAGCAGAACCUCGUCUCUGUCGGCUCCUCCUGUAAACAGCAACCGCUCCCAGGCCAACACUGUUGCCACCAUCCCAGAGACCAUCGCCUCAGAUCGUGCCUACUUCAAGUCGUCGACCAAUGAUCGAGGCGGUGCCCUGAGCUCAGUCGAUGGAGCUGGACCCAACAGCACCUUUUCCUCGCCAAACCAAUCCCAGCAGUCGCUCACCACUACUCUGACCACCAUCCAAUCUACCAAUAACCACCUCAAUACCGCUCAGCCUCACGCCCACUUCUCACAGCAACCUCCUUCUGCUAUUCCUCCUCACCUUGCCGCCAACACCAAUAACAACAACAACAAUCCCAAUAACGACAAUGCCUCAAUCCUGACAUUGGCUUCCUCUUCCAAGCGUCGCCGCCGCUCUAUGGAUACCGAUGCAUCUGUUCGCGCUAUUGCUCCCAAGAGUAUGUGGGGCGACAGCAGAGAGUCUCUGCCCUUGAGUCUUCUGAGUGCCAACGUUGAUCACACAUCCACUCGUUCUGCAGUUGGCCCUCUCAUUAGUGCCGAGCGCGCCAGCAUCUACUCGUCUCGCGACGUCUCAGCUCCUGCCAUUGCUUCUGAUCGUAACAGCUACUACGCUGCAAGCCACAGACAAGUCAGGGAUAGAGAGCGGGACAAAGACGGUCAUCGCGACCGUGAGAUUGGAGCUGAUGGCAGAAGUAUCAACUUUGAUGCCAAAUCACUUAACUUUGAUGGCAGGAGUUUGGGAGGAGACGUCUCUAGCUUGAGGGGCUACGAAGGCAGUGUACGCAGUGGCGCCCUGGGCCAUGGCCGCAAUGAUAGUAUCCCUAGCGGUCAACCAAGUCCCAUGGUCGGUGGCUCUCCUUUGCUGAGAAGACCUUCCGGUGCUCUGACCUUCAGCUCCGAUGUUCGCGACAAGGAGGACCAUGAGCCUACCGAGCACAAGAGUCAUGCUUGA